AUGGUUGUGGUCAGACUAACAGUCCCUGGAGCGUCAAGUGAACCUCCUAAGCCAAGUCCAACACUUCUGUUGGAAAUACAAGCUCAGGUGUGUGUGUUAUAUUCCAAUACCUCCGUAAUAGGAAUAUCUCAGAUGUCCAGUUACCAGCGAGAUGCGGGGUGUGAUUCCCCCAUAACAAAAGUGGUAUUCUCAAAGACAUACAAGACAGCUAGUACGAAAAUUUCAUCAAUACUCGCACGUUUUGGAUUCAGUCACAACUUGUCAUUUGCAUUACCAUAUGAUCAUAAUCCUGGUUAUUUUUCGAGAACAGUACGCUUCAACAGUGAAAUGGAGAAACACCUGUUGCCACCUCUUCCAGGUUCCCGAUACAGUAUGUUAGUUAGCCAUGUUCCAUUCAACAAAACAGCUAUGAACAAAGUGAUUCAAAAUGCCACGUAUAUAACAAUAUUACGUCAUCCUGUAGCUGCGUACGAGUCCGGUUUUGCAUUUUUCCAAAUUCCUCUUGUUCUUCACAUGAAUUACACUGCCAAUGAAGACCCAUUUGAAAAGUUUCUGUCAAAUACAGAUCUGUAUAUUAGCCGCAUUAGCGAUUCAUACUACAAAACAUUACUGCGAAAUAGACAAAUGUUUGAUAUCGGACUUGACCUUAAAUACUACGGUAAUGAAUCACACGUGGAUCACGUGAUACAACAAGCAACAAGUGAUUUUGAUUUGGUGAUGAUUGCUGAGUAUUUUGAUGAAUCGCUUAUUCUGUUAAAAAAGCUUUUAUGCUGGAAAUUCGAAGACAUUCUGUAUGUACAACAAAAUACAAGAAGCGACAAUCUGCGGUCUGGAAUUAACGACUGGAAGCGGAAGCAAAUUUUGGAAAUUAACAGCGCUGAUUUCAAACUGUAUCAACACUUCAAAAAAACCUUCUGGCGCAGGGUUUUGGCUUACGGUGAUAGUUUUUAUGAAGAAAUUUCGAGGUAUGUUACAGAAAGUGCUUUUAGAAUGUUUGGAUGA